AUGAGGUUCUCACUGACAGCACUGUGUCUGGUCACAUCGUGUCUCGGCAUUGCCCUUGAGCGUUCGACAUGCGCAGCUACUGAUACCGCGUGUAUCUGCCAAGACAAGCCAUUGCAGGCCAGCGUGCAGGGUUGCGUGUUGCAGUCAUGCACCGUCAAGGACGCUUUAGUCAACCAGAACGUCACAGCGACCUCUUGCCAAGCUCCUGUGCGUGACCGCUCCGCCAAGUUCAACGCCAUUUCCACCUCCCUCGGCGCGAUAUCAACUACCGUCGUCGCUCUCCGAAUCGCCUAUCAGCAUUUUGCAGCCCCGACAAGCCUGGGCCGCGAUGACUGGUUCAUCCUACUUCUCCUCUGCGUCGGGCUUUCGUCAACGUUUCUCAACUCGUUCGGCUUCGUGUCGAACGGCAUUGGCAAAGAUAUCUGGACCGUGCCUUUUGAGAACAUUACGCGGUUGAUCCAGUUCUUCUACAUCCAGGAGAUUCUCUACUUUGCCCAGAUUGCCCUCCUGAAGACGUCCAUCUUGUUCUUCUACAUGCGCAUCUUCGGCCAUACCGACAUCAGAAAGUUUAUAUGGGGCACCAUGAUCUUCAAUGCCGCCUUUGGCGUCGUCUUCAUUUUCAUCGCCGCCUUCCAGUGCAAGCCCAUCAGCUAUUUCUGGACCUCGUGGGACGGAGAGCACCAGGGCCAUUGCCUCGACAUCAACGCCAUUGUCUGGGCCAAUGCCGGCAUCACCAUCGUCCUCGACUUCUGGAUGCUCACGCUGCCCCUGUCCCAGAUCACGACCCUGACGCUGCACUGGAAGAAGAAGAUUGGCGUCACCCUCAUGUUCUGCGUCGGCACCUUCGUCACCGUCGUCAGCAUCCUCCGUCUGCAGACGCUCGUCGCCUUUGCCAAAACGCGCAACCCGACGUGGGAUCAGUUCGGCAUCCUGACCUGGUCCACGAUCGAGAUCAACGUCGGCAUCAUCUGCGCCUGCAUGCCGUCCCUGCGCCUCAUCCUCGUCCACUUCUUCCCCCGCAUCCUCGGCAGCACCCGCCAGGGCACCUCCGACCUCUCGCGCUACUACGUCAAGUCUGCCAGCAACACGGGCAACCACCGCAGCCGCAGACACUUCGGCACCGAGUCACACGCUAGGAGCAGCAACCGGGAUCGGGGGGAUGCCGAGUCGGCGUCGUCCGACGGACCGGAAGGCGUGUCCCAAGGCAUCAUGUUCACCAAGAGCUUCAACGUCGACUUCCACGACGAGACGCGGCUUGUGCCGAUGAAGUCUUUGGACAGCCCUUCUCCUCCAGAUCCGACGCAUUCCAAGCCACAGGGCCCGGAGGACAAUUGGUAG